AUGGAGGUGGGACUGUGAUCCGGGACAGGCAGACAGGCUCUCUCUCUCACACCUUUGGCCGCUGCUGGGGGAAAAGGCUGUAUUCACACCUGAGAGAGAGACAGGACAGAUAGAGGGAAGGGUAACCUAGCGGGGCUCAGUGAGCUGACACCUUCGCUGCCCCGCAGGGAGAGGACAGAGGUUGGGGCGGGUGGGGAAAAGAGAGAGAGGGGCUCAGCAACUCAAACUCCCCCACUCCCUCAGCAAAUGGCUCGACCCGCCGCCGCGACCCCAGCGAUGCUGCCGGCGAGCGGCUUCGGUCUGGGCUUCCCACCGCAGAAUUUCGCCCGGGUGGUGGUGUGGGAAUGGUUGAACGAGCACGGCCGCUGGAGACCGUACAGCGCUGGAGUGUGUCACCACAUCGAGAACAUCGUCAAGUGCAAUGCCAGAGGGAGCGUGGUGCUCGGCCAGGCGGAGGCUCAGCUCUCCCCUUAUAUCAUCGACCUGCAGUCUAUGCAUCAGUUCCGGCAGGACACGGGAACCAUGCGUCCAGUUCGAAGAAACUUUUACGACCCCUCUUCUGCUCCAGGAAAAGGGAUAGUGUGGGAAUGGGAAAACGACAGCUGCUCCUGGACUCCGUAUGAUAUGGAUAUUUGUAUAACCAUUCAGAAUGCGUAUGAGAAACAGCAUCCUUGGCUAGACCUGACUUCUCUAGGAUUCUGUUACAUUAUUGACUUCAACAGUAUGUGUCAGAUGAACAGACAGACACAGAGGAAGCGUCGACUACGCCGGCGUAUGGACUUGGCCUAUCCUCUGACGAUGGGUUCGAUCCCUAAGUCCCAAUCCUGGCCCGUUGGUGCCCAGUCGGGUCAGCCUUGCAGUUGCCAGCAGUGCGUCCUGGUGAACAGCACGCGGGCAGCCUCCAAUGCCAUCCUGGCAUCCCAGCGACGGAAAAUUUAUUCUGCCACCAACGGGACUCUUACUGUGCGCCAGAGCAACUCCUACAGUGGCGCCGCCUUGUGGUCGACGGCAAGCACAGCCGGCAGCACGCCUCCAAAGUCUGAGCAGACCCGUUCCCCCACCACAACUCAACUGUCCCCGAUCUCCCAAAGCCAAAGCACCACCUCAGCGACGCCGAUACCAGGCCAGAACAACCUCAACAGACCAGGUACCCAGAGAUCAGCUGUGGUCAGCACGAGGGCUUCGAUUCCUCCAGGCGUUCCUGCUCUCCCAGUGAAAAACCUAAAUGGAUCUGGUCCUGUCCACCCAGCACUUGCAGGUAUGACUGGGAUUCUAAUGUGUGCAGCUGGCCUUCCAGUAUGUCUGACUCGGGCUCCCAAACCGAUACUUCAUCCACCACCUGUCAACAAGAGUGAAAUAAAGCCAGUGCCAGGGAUAUCUGGUAUCUGCAGAAAGACUAAGAAGAAACAUCUGAAAAAAGUAAAAUCCCCAGAGGACGUGGUGCGAAGAUACAUGCAGAAGGUCAAGAAUCCACCAGAUGAGGAUUGCACCAUCUGUAUGGAAAGGCUGGUCAGUUCAUCGGGCUAUGAAGGUGUCAUGAGUCUGAGAGGAGUGAAACCGGAACUGGUUGGAAAGCUCAGUAAAUGCAGUCACAUGUACCAUCUCCUAUGCCUUGUGGCCAUGUACAACAAUGGCAAUAAGGAUGGCAGCCUGCAGUGCCCCACGUGCAAGGCCAUCUAUGGAGAGAAAACUGGAACACAGCCACCUGGGAAGAUGGAGUAUCAUGUGAUCCCGCACUCACUCCCUGGAUACCCAGAAGUCAAAACUAUUCGCAUUGUUUAUGACAUCCCAGCAGGACUACAAGGCGUUGAACAUCCCAAUCAAGGAAAGAAGUUCACAGCCAGAGGCUUUCCCCGACACUGCUAUCUGCCUGAUAAUGAGAAAGGCCGGAAGAUUCUGAAGCUCUUGAUUGUGGCAUGGGAUCGCAGGUUGAUUUUCACCAUUGGAACAUCCAACACCACUGGAGAAACGGAUACUGUAGUAUGGAAUGAAAUCCAUCAUAAAACAGAGUUUGGAUCAAAUUUAACUGGACAUGGCUACCCAGAUCCUAACUAUUUGGAAAAUGUUCUUGCAGAGCUAUCUGCCCAAGGAGUCAUGGAAGACUGCAUAAAGGACUGAGAAGAGGACUUGCAGAACUAAUCAAUAAGAUUUUUGGACACAGUAUCUUACCUUGCAAAGUACAUUACUAGGGUUUAAAUAUGCUUUGCUUUACUGCCUUGACCACUACUUUGUUAAUGCCAGUUCAGGCUAGUUAAAACCAGACUGUGUUGGCCUGACUCAGUUUAUUGGUGGCAAAUUACAUUGAUAUACUGUGCAAGUUCGCAUCUGUUGUUCCUUAUGGAAAGAUCUCCACAAUAUUAAUAAUUAGGGGCAAGUAAAACAAGAGAAAGCGAGGGCUAUUGAGCCGACAGUUGAUUGCACUGGUCAUUCCUUUAAAUAAGAACAGAAAUGUUUUCCAUUGGGAUGAAUCAUACACAGUGCACCCUCUGCUAUAACUUAGCUAACUGUGCACAUAAAGGCAAAAAAAAAGGUCUGUUCAGUUGUCGGAAUGCUGGCAUCAGUCAACAUGUCGCUUUCUAGAUAUCAUAAAGCCGUACGUGAAACAUGCAGCAUUUUUGUAAAUAACUUGUGUACAUCUCUCAGGGAUGUCAGUCUUUUUGCUUGAGUACGUCGCUGUAAAUAGUGUACAGUGGACAGAAGAAAGAGGAAAGUAGCUUUGCAUGUGAAAACUGUAUGGCUUAAAAAAAAAAUGCCCAUUUUAUCUUAUUUUACCAUACAGACAGCAAAAUCAUGGAGCAUUUUGAAACAAUUUUGACAAAGGUAGUUUAAAUUUAAAGACACUGCUUAUCAAGUGUUGUUCAGAAAUAAAUAAGGGCUUGUUCUGUGUUAAAAAUCUCUCGUUACACCAUUAGUCCAGCUAACUAUUAGUGUCCUGGUAGCCCAUGAUGCAUGUCAGUAACAAUAAAUACAUAUGUCUUCAGUCGAGGUUGUUUAUUUAAAGUUAACUUUUGUAACUUUUGAUGUUGUUAUACUUCGUAGCCAAGUACGUCACAGUCUUAACUGCAUCAAUUAUGUCUACUGUGUUUUGUAGACUAUUAUGUUUAUGAAUUUGGCAGCGAGGCCAAGACAUUUCCUUUUCAUUAAUGUGGAUUUUUCUUUUUUAAUUUUAAAACAAUGGCUCAAGUUCUACAUGCAACUCAAUGUAUGUACUUAGCUGUCAGAUUAUGUGAAAAGAUUACUUCACAGGAGGGGGCAUGGGGAUAUGAGGGCAGCAGGGAGUCCUGGAUGUUGCUUUUAAGAGGAUUUCAAAGACCCAACAGCUAUACAAUCCAGCCCGCAGGCAGAUAUUGGAUAAUAUUGGUGCCAAAUAUAGUUACUGGAUCAGAAAAUGGAUGCAUGCUGACAUUUGGGAUGGGCUCUUCUGUCAGGGGAAGGCUGUGUAGGGUGGAAUGCUAUGAACAGUUUACAAAUGGCAAUAGCUGUAGCAGUGUUCAAUAUUAUUCUGAUAUCACUGUCAAAUCCAUUGUGUUCACAGUCAUUGCUUGUGAACGUAAUGUACACGAAAUGCUGUUUCUGCAAGUUACAUUCUCGUUGCUGGCUUGUUUGACAUUCAAAUAUGAAAUCUAUUGCCAAAAAAAAUUUGAAAGGAAAGUAAAUGAAAUUGGAAGAGGUUAUUGACAUUUCCUUUGAGGUUAAGAGUCACAGUGGCUCAAAGAUGAACAACACACAUUCAAUAACCUAACUAUUUUGAAGGAAGCUGGGUAAGAUGGCAAUCUCUCCUGAAAUAAGGCAAUUUUUGAAAAAAAUUACAAUUGCUGUAUUGUUAAAAAUGUGCAAGCAAAACAGGGAAACAUUUAAUUCCUAAAGCGAAAAGAGAUGUCAAAGACUUGCUAGUAAGCACGCUAAUCUUGAAACUAAAUGACAGGAGUUUUUUUUUUUAAUUUAAAUAGUUGUUCGAUUAUUUUUACCUGUAUGCAAAAGUGGAGCUGUUCUGUCUGCUCAAUCUGUUUCUCACACCAAACCCUUGUCUGCUAGAGAGUGGUGUUCUUAUGUUCUAUUCUGAUGACACCUUUAUAAACUUCGUCACGCCCAAGAACUGCCAUAGAAAUGCACUAAAAGACCAGCAAAUUCAAUGCAUUUGAUUCUGCAUACACAUGUCUUAAACCAUAAAAGCUAUUAACUGCGCCUAUGCUAAAUUUACCAGCAAAAUCAAUCUGGCAGCGUUAGAAUCAGCAGUGUUUGGUGCCAAUGGAGUUACGAGCAAUAUUGCUUUGAAUAGAUUCUGAAACAGAUUCACUUUUAUAUAGAAACAAAGACAUUAACAAAGCAUGUGUAAAUAGCAUAUUGAAUCCAGUGUAUUUUACAAAGUAUAAGGGCAAUACCCAUUAUAUAGACCUUGGCAGGUUCAAUUUAGAAAGUAUUAAAUUGAGCAUGUAUAAUCAAACCAUUCCCAGUGGUAUUGGAAAGUACAAGGUAUUUUGGUUAACUCUCAUUUUGAAGGUUAAAUAUAAAUCACAGUUAUUUUAAAACCUUAAGUCUGAAGAUGUUAAGUUAGAAACUACAACAACAAAUGAUUUAUUUUGUAAUGGUAUUUACAUAACAAGGUGAAAUUGAGUUGGUCAUGAGGCCUAUUACAAAGUUGGUAAUAUCUCUUCUACUCAACUGACAAAUGGGCCAUGAAUUUAAAUUCUGCUUUCUACUUUUGUGAGGAACAGCCAAUGAUUAGGCUAAAUAGAGAAGAUAUUUAUUAAAGGAUUAAAUUAGUCUUUAAAAUAAAAAGCAUAAAAAUAAAAGUCGCCCGUGUAUUUUUUUAGACUCACUGAAAUAAGCAAAUUUUAGAUAUAUUUGCCAAGUAAUUUGAUGAAUUUCAUUCCUGGUGAUAAGAACUGAUACGGUUUUGAAAACAGAUCCUAUAAUUGUCAGCACUUUGCAAGCCUAUAUAAGUUUCACAAGACAAAACUCAUGCAUAAGGGUCCCAUCAUUUGCAGAGGUUUUAUUAAUACGCUGAAGUAUUAACAUUACUGUAUUGGUUCUCAUACAAAUAGUUCAAAUGUAGAUUGACAGUAAUGAGAAUGAAUCUGUUUUGUAUGUUAAAUAAAAGAGCAACUUUUUCAGAAUGCAGAGGUAAAGGGAAAAUGCUGGAAAUCAUCUACAGUCUGGCACUUUCUGUGGAGUCUGCUGAAGAUCAUCAGUCUGAAAUGUUAAUUUUGUUUUUCUCUCUCCACAGAGACUGCUUGAUCUGCUGAGUAUUUUCAGCAUUUUUUGUUUCUUAGGUUUUCAGCAUCUUUAAUGCUUUGCUCUUGUUUCUGUGAAGCUCAGCUUCCAGCUCUGCACAAUGUUGUCCUUGGAUAGUUGAUGUUAUUUUUCCCUGGGAAAGCAAGUUGUACUGGUCAUUGACACACAACACUAAUUAAGAAAUUGAGGAAAGACGUAAUUUGCUCUCAAGUGAUGAAUUAUUCUUGUCAUUACAAUUAGUACAGAGUCAUCAAUAUUCCACUGAUCCAUGGAUUGAACAUUUUGUCUGGAAGCUACUCACAAUUUGCCAGGAAUAACAUUGCAGUAAAACAGACAGAACAGUAAGAUAGUAGGAAAUUGCAUUCAUUAUUAUCAUAUUAGUGCAUUAAUUUUCUUGUGUUAACUUUUAUUUGCCAUUUUCUCAACCAUUUUAGUCAGUGAUGUUUGACAUAGCUUGUUGCCACCUUGAAACUUUGCAGGGUAGACUCCUUAAUUCCCUACCAUCCCUAGAAGUUUGUGUAAGGUCACUGUUCAAAAUCAAGGUGAGGUACUAAAAUAAUAACUGAAAGAACUGCGGAUGCUGGAAAUCAGUAACAAAAGCUGAAAUAGCUGGACAGCUCAGCAGGUCUGGCAGCAUCUGUGGAGAGAAAUCAGAAUUAAUGUUUUGGGUCCAGUGAUCUUUCUCAGAACAUGAGGUACAUGCCUGAUAUUUGUCCAAAUAACUAAGAACAAAUUUGUUAAUAACCCUGUGAUAAAUAGUUAUUCAGAACUGUAGUUACCUCGUAAAAUUUCAGAAAUAGCAUCAGUCUGCAGUGUUCAAUCAGCCAGGAUCGUAUUGAAUGUCAGGCAGGCUCAAUAGGCUGAAUGGCUUUCUCCUGUUCCUACAUUAGCACUCAUAGGACUAAUCUUAAACCAAUGCACAGUGUAGAAAAGCCAUGGGAUAUGGUGGAACAUUGAUUUAGCAACAAUGUUGACUUCAAUAUAAAGUCAACCAGGGUGUGAAACCAGUGUGAACCCUUCACUGUCAGUUAACUAAAGGAUAGAUUGAUUUAAAGUUGCCCCUUUAUGACCGUAUAGAAUAAUGGUAAUGGAUCUAACAUUCCUGAUUGAAUUCAACUUUAAUUGCAAAUGUUUCACUUUAGGAACAACGUUGUGAAAUAAAAGUUAAUUAUAUCUAAGGGAAAUUGAACAAACAAAAUGUUAAAACAAAGGUAGCUGGAACGAAAGAAACAGAAGAUCAAGAUUGAAAUGUAGCCAUUCACUUCAAUCUUUACAUUUGUCACAUUAAAGUGAAAGACAAUAAACACAAACUUGGAAGUUUUUGCCUUCAGAACACAUUUUGUCAGAAGUUUCAGAUUAUUAGAUGGGGCCUAGUUUCUGGAAAAGGUCUGAGACCUUAAGCCACCUUUACAACUCCCAUGUUUUUCGUUUUCUUGCUGGGAAACAAGAAAACCAACAGGACUCUUGAUAGCCUGAUAUAGUGCAGCUAAGCGUAGAUAUUGUCAUAUUUAUUGCCUGCACAUAUUUGCCUUACUCGGCAUAGCUAUUGUAAAUGGCAUUGGGAGUUCUAGGCUAUUCCCAUAAGAAGGCAAGUGCUUCUUAAAAAUCAGUUUGCUACAAAGCCCUUACAAGGAAGGGAGCUUCACUUUAAAGAUCCAGGCAGAACUUAUUGCUAUGGUCAUAGGUUAGGUGAUAUGGCUACUUUUUAAUCAACAGUACAAAAAUAUUCUCUAGCCAAAAAAUUUAUGUCGUUACAUGAAAUGGAAAUGAAUAGCAUAAAAUAAAGAUUUUGAACUUAUAAAGGUAGUCAAUGUGGAUUCCAAGAAUCACAGCUUACAUGAUUUAUUCACACAGAAAUCUGGUUGCAGCCUUCAGCCAAAUGUAAAUGUUUUUAAUUUUACCUUAAUAAAUGGAACUUUUAUGCAAUAUGUGAGGAACAAUGUAAAGUAUCACACUUGUUUUUGAUGCCAUCGAGGUACUUAUCAUUUAUUUUAUACCUUUUGAAGGUAACCAUGCAUCCUAGGUUCUAAAUAAGAUCAAAUAUGAGUACCAUUACAAAAGACAAGUUUAUUGAAGGUGAGCUCAAAUAACUAGUCAACAUGUGAUAUUUUUUUAAAUUAUGUUAAAAUGAAAGUGUUCCUUGAAGAAUAAUGGGUUUCCUGAGCAUAUUGCUGUGAAGUACAUUAAAAAUUUCACUGAAUUUGAAUGCAGAGCAUCUAGAUUAACUUUAGACUCAGCCACUUUGGAUUUUGUGGAGAUAAAACCUAUCAGAUUCAUAUGACUACAGAUUAUGUAAAAUGCUUCACAUUUGAAAAGAAUGAGACAUGUACAUAUUUGUGUCCGAUUUUAGUUUUGAGGAGAGAUUGCCUUGGGGGAAAUGUGAUGUGUUGUGUUAUAUUUCAUGCAAUCUGCACAAUAUUGAUGUAGAUUUUGAUACUGCAAAAUGCGAUAAGGAUCACAAAUUCUUUCUUCCAUGACUAUGUCUUGUGUUGUUAUUUACUCACCAGCUCAUCUUGAAUUUAUGUAAUGAACUCAUAUAAUAUGUAUAAACUAUUGGAUAAUAUUGGAUUUGCUUGUAACUGUUAGUUAUAAAUAAUGAAUAAACUUUAUUUGGAGGAUAA